AUGGAGAAGAAAGCAUUGACCAAAUGGUUCUCUGAAGAGGCGAUAAGAGUAGCCAGAAGUAACUUUGAUGAAAAACCGAAAUAUAGAAUUGAGAGAUGCGAAAGAGUGAGAGGAUUCUGUAAAACAUUUUGUGAUGAUGAUGAGUAUGAUUACGGAUACUGCGUUAGAUGGAGAAAACAGUGCUGCAUAUAA